AUGUCUGAGAUAAAAGUUUGUUCAAAAUGUAAACAGUGUAUUAAAGAAAGCCAUUUUUUACUGGCCGAUUGUCAAUACUGGCAUGAAGAUUGUCUACGUUGUGUUUGUUGUGAUGCAAGAUUAGCAGAAUUAGACAAAAUAUUCUAUAUCAAAGCAAGGAUGUCAUUAUGUCGACGAGACUAUCUAAGACUUUAUGGCAAAACAGGUGAAUGUUCUGUCUGUCAGAAACGUGUACAACCAUAUGAAUUUGUUAUGAAGGUGAAAAAUAGUGUCUAUCACCUGUCUUGUUUCUGUUGUCAACAUUGUCAAAUGAGGUUUUGCAUAGGAGAUCGCUUUUAUCUACAUAAUAACAUCAUACUCUGUGAACAUGAUUACAUGGAGUUAUUUCCACAUCUAUUUACACAAAAUAUCAGUUUGAAUUCAAAUUCAGCAAAAAAUGAAAUAAUCCUGGAUACUAGAGUGAAUGAUACAUGUUUUUGUUUAAAUGAAUCACUUGUGAAUAAUCAACAUAUCGAUGAUGGCGCCAUUGUUGGUAGCGCUAAUAUUGAUGAUGGUGAUGAAGAAGAAGAAUCUGAUACAAAAUCUGGCGUUAAUCUCAACUAUUCAAAAUUUAUUCCUUCAGAUAUUCAUACAUUUACAAAAACCAAAACACAAAAUAUCAAUGAACUUACUGUCUUAAGUAGUAGUAAUAAAUCAGUUGUCAGUAUAAAUAACUAUCGAUUACAUCUGUCAUCGAAUUCAUCCGAUUCAAAAUUUAAUGAUAUCACAGUAACAACAUCAGAUGAUCGUUGUUCAAGUGGAUAUGGAUCGCCUAGUUCACCUGGAAAUAGUUUUCAUGAGAAAAUAUAA